CAAACAGCCGGUGUGUUUAGUGUGCAGAGAUUCAGAGAAACACAUCAAUCACACAUUCAGACCCAUCGGGGAAGCUGUUCCAACAUAACAGAAGUACACAUUAUAUUAGACCUAAAGAGAAACCUCUUGGUUAAAGGUGCUGAAGACAUAAUAACUCCCGACUGAGUCAAGACUGAUUUAUUCCUGAACUUUGUUCUUAAAUCUCUAUUGCAUCAAGAUGAAUCUCAAGGAAAAGGAAAGAAACCCAACUGAUGGCACUUUAGAUAAAAUAGCUAAGGAUUUGUUAUCAUUUUUUAAUGGGUUUGAGCACUUACAUGAAGUUAAAAGAACGAUUGAAAAGAAAUGUGAUAUUAAAAAGGAGCAGAAACAUAAAUGCUGGCCAGAAGAUGAUAUCAAACGAGCUUGGGAGGAAACAAAAAAGAUGUAUAUAAAAUCAAGCAGAAGAAAACACUGGGCUCGUAUAAUAAUUUUGCAGGUGGUAAAAAGUUUUGUUUGUGAUAUGUGUAAACGAAAUGCAGCACAGAAGAAUCGUCGUGUUACAACUAAUGAACGAGGUUGUGAAACGAGACCAAACCCAGAAGACCGAUCAUCUGAAAGCAAAGCUGAACCGGAGACAGUGGGAGCUGCUGGAGGACUUACGGAGACGCUUGGAGAAGGAGAAAACACAUCUAAAGUAUCUAAACGUACAGCUUCUGGCACAGAUGUCGCUCCUUCAGCUACUGAGGUAAAUCCAGAUAACAGUGAAAACAAGAAUGACGCAAUGGUGAAUGAGCACAGGGAUACUUUGGUUAACAUUUCUCAGCAGCAAAAAAAUGUUCAGUUGUAUUUAGAUGUGAGUGAUAAAGAGAAUAUGCGAAGAGAAAAUGGUCUUCGGUCAACUUGUGGCAAAGCACAAAGCAUGAAAGGAGACUCAGAAGACAUACCACGUCAAAGAAAGGCUGAACCUGAGACACAGGGAGCUGCUGGAGGAGCUCAGCAGAUUUCUGGAGGACAUCACCAAACAUCUAGCUAUCACCGGCAAACAUUCAAUGAUAUCUUGUCUCAGACACAGUUUCAGGCCACUGGGAUUUAUCCGGGUGCUCCCUACAGCCAGUCCUGGACUGGUGUAACAUUAGGAAGUCAAGGAGAAAGUAGGCUGGAUGAAACCAUCUACAUACGUAUCCCACUCUCAGUCAUAGCUGAAGAUGAACCAACAGAUAGUAACGAAGUCAGUUCUCGCUAUAGAUUAAUAGAUGGAUUUCCUUCAAAUAUAGAAAAUACUGAUAUAAGGAAAAGAAAAUCUAUAAGGAAAAGAAUGUCUUUUGACAAUAGCACCAAUAAUGCUGAAUGGGUGUAUGAGAUACUGAACAAGAAAACUGUAGAUAACAACUGCAAGCAAGAACCCUUUGGAAAUGGCUAUGACAGAGGACAUCUGGCUGCAGCUGCCAAUCACAGGUGGUGUUGGGAAGCAUAUAAUGACACUUAUUUGCACAGUAACAUUAUACCACAGGAUCAUUCGUUAAACAUAGGGAAUUGGAAGAGUCUGGAGAAUAGAUGUCGAAGUAUGGCAAAGGAUAUUGUGAUCCAGAAUGUCCAUGUAUACACUGGACCUCUUUACCUACAACGUGAUAGAUGGACGUUGGGAGGAAAAGAAGUGCCAAGUCACCUCUUUCAGGUGAUAAUAGUGGAGAAUGUGGAUAGGACAAUAAGAGAGCCAAUGAUUCCCAAUGAGGAACCUACUGGAGACUUUGAUGGUCACAGGGUAGACAUUGAAGAUAUUGAACAUAUCUCUAGACUUGUGUUCUUAGAACACAGACCCAUUUUGAGAGAGACAGACACAAAAAUAAGCUUGAAUGAAGAAGAUCUGAAUCAAACACAACAACAUGCUGACAUAGAAGUCUGCAUAAGCGUUUAACUCAUACUGAUAAUAAGCUCAUUACUAAUAAUUAUGGUAUUGGUUGACAAAGGCCUGUUUUCGAGGACUUCUGGUGCCGCGAGCUGCAAAAUGGUUGCACAAAACUAGUUUUAACCUCCUAUUUCAAGAUAUUUAUUUCAUACCUAAGAAAAUAUUGUCUCUUUUUGACAACUUGACACUUCUAAUAUGAGAAGGGGGCCAGCAAAAAAUCUAAGUCUUCCCGAAAGCAAAGGCCUCAAAAUAAUCUAUGAAAAUGUUGCCUCAACUGUUAUCCACACAAUCAAAGCACAGCAAGAGGCUAUCAACAAAUGGUUUCUUGUAUGUUGACAGAAGCAAUAAAGACGGCUCUUACUCCCUUCAAUGACUAUAUUAUUAAUGAAAACAGCUCUGUUCUUCGAUCACUGAAACAAGAAAUGGACUCCCUGAAUAAAAGUGUGGCAUCAAUUACAACGAAAGUUUACAAUCUUCGAGGCAGUUUUUACGCAAAUAAAAAAAAAGACACAAACUUCUGCUUGACUCAACUUGAGCAGAUGCAAUUAAAAUGCAGACUCGACCUUGAAGACUGGUCACUUUGCUCCAAUGUUCGUCUGGUCAAUCUGCCAACAGGAAUAGAAGAAGAUGACCCUGAUGGUUUUCUACAGAAAAUGCUACCUAAAUGGAUCCCCGAUCUUUCGGUGCACUCAUGCCCGAUUGAGAUCCCAUCGCAUAUACUCAAACUCCAACUCGCCUUGGCCAUAAUCAUUGAUAUUUCGGCUUCUUUGCUACCCUGACAGGUAAGCCAUCCUUCAAGGAGCAUAUAAAUCUGGAGCUUUAUUCUGAUUACCGUCACAAGACGGCACAAAAAAGGAAGGCAUUUUCAACCUUAAGAUCCAAGCUUCACCAGGAAGGCACGGACACUUUCUGAUCUACCCAGCAUUGCUGAAUGAAUGUCACUUAAAAGGAUCAUAAAAACUAGUUUGAAUCUCCAGAAGAUGCUGAAAAGUAUAUUGAGGGUCUUGAUGGAGCGGCUUCACCUAUUGCUGGCAGAUCUUUAUACUUUCAGCCUGAGGAGACAAUGGAGGAUGAUUUAUAACGUUUUUGACCACACAUUUAAUCAAUACAAGGACUAGUUCAGGUUCAGCCCAUUUUUUUUUUACCUUUGCUUUUCAAAUCUUAAUACAUAUUGCUGAUCACUGUUGUUGUGCUAUGCUAUUGUAAUAUUUACCAUUAUAUAAUUAGAGGGGUAUAGAAAAGUUGAUGAAAGUGUCACUCCACAAUACAAUAGCAACAUAUAUGAUUAUGUACAGUAUUAUUAUGUUACAUUAAUCAAUAUUUAGCCCACCUCCCUAAGCAACGGAUAUGGACCAGAAGACAGACUUAAAGUAGUUCCAGAUCUAUAAUUGUGCUCUUAUUAUUUUAGUUAUUUUGCCUUUACUGCUGUCCAGACUAUAGCUUAUUCUGGCACAGCAACAUCAUGACUAAACUCCCUGUGGUGUCCAGUAGAGUAGGAGUGUAUGUGGAUCACAGCGCAGGAACAGUGGUUUGUGAAGGCUUUGAAAAUGUCUGUACUUCUGCAUCAAUUACUCUUAAACUGUGCACUUAGUGAUUUUCUCCACCCAACAUUAAAGCUUCUAUCAUCUGUCUGUAUAUUUGCAAUGUAAGUCUAAUUAUUGUGUAUUUUGAGCUGUAAAUGAUGAAAGCUUAAAAACAUCAUAAUUUACACUUUAAAUCUAUAAAUUCUUUUGGUUGUGACAUUUUUAUUUUUAUUUUAUCUUUGAUAUCAUGUUUUUAAAUGUAUAGUAUAAAAUGAUGUGUUUGGGUGAUUGUUGAUAUAAGUAAAAAUAAGUAAAGUAAUA